CGGUUGUGACGCGUACGGCACCAGAAAUUCAAUAUUGGGACGUACGUAAUAUAAGUAUAUUGUCUUCAACAUUGUUAGACGCAAUUUUUCAACGUGUAAAGUGAAACCGACUCGGUUGCUUGAGUGAAGCAGCCAAUACGGCUUUUCUGAGAGUUAAGAGGCACAUGCGAUUGCACCACCAUCGACGAGACAGUGUUGUUCCGUUCGAAGAACUGGAGGGACCACACGGUAACGUUGCAAACACGUCGUCGCCACCCAAGGUACCAUGGAAGGGAGCGACUCGGAUCUUUUCUUGGUCAGCGACCACAUUCAGCGACACCACUCUCUUCCCGAAACGUCUUCGGACUCGAGGCUGCGGAGCAGGGGCAACGUGAGCAGCACGCCCAAGCGGGCCGGCAACGGAAGCAGGUGUCGAGUCACAAACACAGACUGCCACACCGACCCGGUGCCCAGAAAGCGUCCACGGACGUCCUUCUACGAAGACCACGGUCCGAACCCUGUCACACCCGCCAGACAUCUGCCGACGCCAAUUAGACCACGGGCAUCGUCUUCCGAAAUAGCCACCUGGUUUGCCGGCGAGUCGAAGCACAUCAGCCUGAUCAGUGGUCAUCCGUGGAUCAACGGUCCCACAUCAGGAGAACAUGCUACGGGUCUUGUCCAUAGUCUUGCCUACAGCAGCGGACCAAUCUGUCGGAUUUGCCACGAAGGUGACCAGGCCGGACCCCUGUCGUCGUACUGCGCAUGCACGGGGACCAUGGGAAUGCUUCACUCAUGCUGCCUGGAGCGCUGGCUCGCGACCAGCAACGCCGUCUCGUGCGAACUGUGCCACGAGCGCUUCCCAACGACGCGGGUGCUACGAACACUGACCGAGUGGUACCGAGAGGCGCCGGACCACCGCCGAGCGCUUGUCGCCGACGUCAUUUGCUUCGUCAUGCUAAGUCCGAUAGCGGGAAUGGGACUGGAACUGUGCAUCCAGGGGCCACAAGACAGACGACGACCAAACAGAUUAUACAGGCGGGCAGCCUUAUCUUGCUGUCGUUGCUACUGAUAACCGCCUUCCUCGUCUGGUCCUACUUCACGGUCAGAUACCAUUAUCGUUGCUUCCGGAAAUGGCGGGAAGACAAUGCCACGGUCAUCCUGGUGCCGCGGGAUGACGUCAUGAUUGACCUAGAGGGGUCCCCACCUCGAAGUUGAUUCAUUGUGCGAUCUCUGUUUUUCCUUUUAGCUUGCAUCUUUAACUUUCUUUUUACGAGUUCUUAGGCCUGUGCUGGAGACUCAUAUGCGCGGAGCGUUGAAAAUACAUUUUACUUAAGACAGCGCUGGUGAAAUAAAGUUUUAUAAUAGUAA